AUGCACCGCAACGACUCGGUAACAGACUAUGAAAGCCUACACGUUGAUAUGAGAGAGACAAUGAGUUUCCAAUCUGCAUUGGACCUCCGGGUACUGGGCGUCUGUUGCGGAAGCGGGCUGAACCAGCUCAACUUCGCGCUGGUCCGGUACCGUCAGUCCUCACCUGACGCUACAUUGCGUCUAGAGCUCGUCCAAAGCGGCUCGGUGUCUACAUCGCCUCCUGUUCGGAACCAUAUCCUUACCUCCCUCCACGAAGCAGAACGCGAAUCCUCGCCAGUGGCAUGCGCCAAUGCGCUACUCGGUUACCUGUUUUCCAACGGCAUUAGGAGCUUCUGCGAAAAGCACGACAUACCGCUUGCGUCCAUUGACCUGGUCGGCACACACGCGUCAGGUCUAAGACGACCUGACGUGCCCGAAAGCAACGAUUUGAACACACAUCCACUAGGGUGGAACGCCAAUAUCAGCGCUGAGACUGGCAUCAGUACCGUCUUUGAUCUUACAGUCGUUGAAGCCGGUCUCGUAAGGCCUCACAUAUCCCCUAUCGCUUACGUGGACAGACUCUUCUUGAGACACGCGUCUAAAUUUCGCGCAUGUCUGGAUAUUGGCGAGCUCGUAAAUUGCAGCUUCAUCCUUCCUUUAUCGGACGGGAGUGCUCGAGAAACAUGUUGUCGCGACUGCGGACCCGGAAGUCUAUUCAUCGACUACGCCAUGAAAUACUGCACUUCAAACGACCGAAACGAAGACAAUAACGGAACAUUUGCGACGACAGGGAAGCCUCACGAAGGGAUUGUGACACAAUUUCUUGAGACAUACGACUACUCACGCAUCCUGCCUUCGCUCAGCGUAGCCAGGGAAAUGUUCGGCGAUCACGAAGCACAAAGACUCAUCGAUGAGUGUGUCGUCUUGGAACUCUCUGAAGCAGACAUCGUUGCUACUGUUACACGCGUAACGGCUGAGAAUAUUCUGAGGCAGUACCGCAGACUCCUUGCGCUCAGUUUUCCUGCUGGUCAGAACGUCGACGAACUGUUUAUUAGUGGGCCGAGCGCGCGCAACGCGAAUAUCAUAGAUUACCUCGAAGCGGAGCUCCCCGAGAGCGUGAUAACGAAGCCUCUCGACGAUAUAGGCAUACCGGGUGACGCAAACGAGGCCGUAUGUUAUGCGUACCUUGCGCUGGAAGCUGUGCUUGGACAGCCUGUACACUACUCUGCAGAAUUAUCACGGUCUUGGAGCCAGCCGGGCCAUGACAUUGUACUGGGAAGAGUUGUGCAGGGCGAGAAUUGGGAAAACCUCACCGCUUGGCUGCAGAAGUUUGCUGGUGGGAAGCCACGACGCCUCGCCAAAACCGUGAGGAUAGUUGGUAGUGUCGAAUCUGACAUAAAAGACCUCGGGCUAUGA